AAUUGUGAAUAGAAGACGAAAAAUACUUUUGGAGAUAACAAUAUUUAUUUUAAAUCGCGUGUCAAUUCAGUGUGACGUACUCGUUCAUAGAUAGAAAUGGGACAAUUUCAUGACAGUAAAAUGAGUACACGCAUAGAGUUCGAUGAAGAAAGUGACAAUGGACUGGUUCUUGCCGAUAAAUAUUUACCCGGAGAAUUGUUGACGCAAAUAUUUAUUUACGUUGAUUAUAAAUCUCUAUUAAAUUGUCAAUUAGUGUGUAAACGUUGGGAAAUUUUAAUUCGAAGUUAUGUUUGGCGCAAGAAGGCCGAACUUUCCCUUGGUCGAUCACUUUUAUUAAGUAAAGAUGUACCUUGGCAAGUGUAUUACUUCAUAUGUAAAAAAAAACCUUUUGAAAGAAAUUUGUUAAAAAAUAACUGUGGAGAACAUGGAAUACAAACGCAUUGGAAAAUUUUAGAAGAUGGUGGUGAUCGGUGGACAGUAGAGAAUCCUCCACAAGGUGUUCCACCCUUACCAAGCAGUGAACCCAUUUUUGAGGGUAAGAAAUCCUGUUUUGUUACUUCCUAUCAUCAGUGCCUUAAAGCACAAGAGAUUGAUCUGGAACACGAAGGUCUGACACCAUAUGUUUUGGAUAAUUUACAACCUCCAAUAGUGGUGAGUGAGUGGUACAGUUGUAGAUGGGAUUGUCCAGCUAUUUAUGAAUGUGGAGCAAGCUUAAUAAAUCAAAAUGAUCAGAUCUUGGAUUCUUUUCAAUUUCAUGAUAGAAUUGACGGAGAAAAACAAAAUCAGUGGCAUUAUAUAUCAAAGGAGUUUUCAAACUAUGGACCUGGUCUCAGGAAGAUUUCAUUUUAUCAUGGAGGUAUAGAUCGAUUAUUUUGGGCUGGCCAUUAUGGGAGUAAAAUGACUGGUGCCUGUGUGUAUAUAAAAAUUCCUACCCUACAAAAGUAUGAUGAUGAUGAAAAUAAUAUGUUAUCAUAUAUGGAUUAA